AUGUCUAAUGCCCCGACGAUCAAACUAGUCACCAAUGAAGACUGGACAAUCUGGUUCAAGGCCCUGAAGACAAAAGCUAAGAACCAAGAUCUUUGGGAAUAUCUUGACCCCACAAAGCCGCAUAAACCCCUACUGAUCUCCACCGCACCAACUCCGCCGAAUAUAAAGGACUUCCGAAAAAGAAGCUCAGCUAUCACGAGAUCAACUGUAUCGAACACGAAUACCCCUUCGUCAGCGACCCAAGACACGAUCGUCGCCGACCCAACGGAGAUGGACGAGGACUAUCGAGCGAGGGAAGACGACGAUGCUGCUAUCUUGGCUCAAGAUGUCGCCGACCUCUCAGAGAAAGGCCUUCGUGUAUACAAUGCACUAUGGACCAACUACGAGCAUCUCUCCAAGAGGCACGAAGCCCUCAAGAAAAAACACAACUUCAACGAAGAGGAGUCGCUUGCAGACUGGAUCAAGUCUAUCCACGAGGAGUUCUCCCUAGUUGGUGAAGAAAGAAGGGAUAAGGCAAGGCGAGAAUACCGUGAGCAUCUAGGGAAACCUCACCAGUCUCGGCUGGCCACACUUAAGUCAACUAGAGAAUGGAUCACAAUUUGGAGGGAUGCAAUCAACGAAGCAAGAGAUGUUGACCUACAGGAAGCCAAGGAAGCAGACUUAUGGUUCAAGGACCUAGUCGCUGCUCUCCGAGCCUCCCCACUAGAGUCAUGGAUAAACGCCUAUGCUGUUUCCCAACGCAGCAGCGCUCAGGUGAACACACUUAAGGUCGGAGAAGCUCUAGCGGCCAUUCGCCUAGCCAUCUCCGAGCACCCAGAACCGGCGAAACGACCUCGUGUUACCCAUGGAGCCUUCUUCACAGCUGAAGGGACGGAGGAAGAGGCCGAUAGUGACAAGGACACACCAAGAAAGGAGAAUAAAAGAAAGCAACCUCCAAAGAAGAAAUAA